GCUACUUAUACAGCAGUAUAACUUGAGCAGUUCAACAGUUUCUGCCCGACGUUUAAUAAGUCCUCAAGAGCUUUAUCGAUAAAGUGAAAAUCAUGACAUACGAAGAGCAGAACGGUUCUUUAAGAUUAUUCCUCAGCAAGUAUUCACUGGACGAAAUCCUGAAGUUGUGCACCGUUUGCACAGCAAACCGAUCACUGGACAUUAUGGAUACGGUUCUUUUGGAAGAACUUGCACACCGUGUACAGCUGGCACCUGAUCGGCUUAGAGAUAUGUAUAUCCACGUGAUGAACGAAGCGCCGUCUCUCCUUGAUUUGAUUUCGCCAUCGGAUCCAAGGAGUAUCGUUGUAAUUACUCCUCCAGUGAAAACGUGCACGGAAGGCUGCGUGUACCAGAGGGGCUCUAAAACAGGUCUACCUUUGGAACUCGGUCUUCAUAAUAAGCCAGCUUGGGGCACACUGCACGACAUUAACGGAAUGAGCCGAUCUUUCGUUCGCCUAUCGUAUAGAUGUCCAACCUGCCGUAGUAUAUACAAAUUGCAUUGCAAAGCGUCUUUCAACGGGUUCUGCGAAACGUACCUCGAGACAUACGGAAAAGCUGCCGGAUUUGAUGUACAGAACGUGUCCGAAGCGUUUUUCCGCUAUGAAACGGAAAAUGAAGUUCGGGAGAAUAAUUUGCUUUAUUUCGGGUUCUCUUCGGACAAGGACGUUGACCAAGCUUUUCCUGAACUCGACAAACUUCGAUGCGAACGUCUAUACCCUCAUGUCUGCUAUCCGGCGUGCGCUUCCAGAGGUUGCAGAGAAUACCUCAUCUAUUAAAAGUUUUUAGAAUACCGUUGCAAACGUUCAGCUGGUAAACUUUCCAAAUAUUUGUCCAGAAGAACCGUUGUCUAAACGUGGCGAAAUGUAUUGCGGGCCACAUUCUCUUGCUGCACAACUGGCGAAUAUUCCAACAAACAAAGAAAGGUCACGCUGCAACAUGCUGCAGCUAGCGCAUUUCAUCUUCAAGCGUCUGACCGGG